AUGUUCAACACCGCAUUGAGGCUGUACUAUUCCGAAGAACACGAACGGAUGAUGUUGAGUCUGGAGGAUGCCUGGAUUCCGACCUGUAUCGAGGGUGAUGACUUAUCGCACGGCCAUGUCAUGACGAGUGGUUCUCCUAGAUCAAAGAGAAGCGAAGGCUCAAUCGUCAGCCUGAUCAGGAAUCUCCUGAGACCAAGCACAACGUUGUCAGAGCUUGAGUCCGGGCCGAUCAUCGAGGAGAACGACGCCUGCGAAUGGUUUCGAUUCAAGAUCGAUGACGAUAUCAAGCACCAACGCCUGAUAGUCGCCGAAAAAGAGGUUGGCGAAGAUAUCGAGUCCCAGUACGGCGCAUUCGAUAGCUGCUCAGUGACAAAGAUUGAGGUUGGGAAUGGAGGCCCCCCGGAGUCAUUGAUCAUUGAAUGCUUCCUUCCGCAUCGCCGACUCGAAAAGGACCGAGUGACAAAUACGGCUAUGCAUCAAGGCGACGACAGUGCUGACCAGGUUCUCAGAAAGGAACGCAUGUUCAAGGAAGCGAGUCAUAGAUAUAGACAAGCCACUCGAAUACUGUAUGUCCUUGACGAGUCUCUAGGAUCCAAUUCCAGCAGUGGUUACAAGGGCCGCGGAGCUAGGUUCAUCAUUCUAGAAAGCAACGAUGAUGAAAUGAGGGUCACGUUCGAUUGCCCUUUGACGUUCUGGAAACCUUCGCAGCGGGACCUGAUGUCCCAAUUGUCAGUCGAUAGGGUCAUGUCAUGUUCGAUUCAGAUUCAAGGUCACGAAAUUAGGCGUGAGCAUUACAGCACAAUCGCAAUUAGACACGGUAAGUCGCUUUCUAAGGCAGUAGGCACCGAGUAG